AGUAGGUUUCAGUUUUCUUUUUCAUUUUCUUUCUUUCUUUCUUUCUUUAUUUUUUUUUUUUUUGAAAAAGUUGUUUUUCUUUUUUAGAAUUUCAACAAUUGUUGCUUUUUUAACUCAAAAAAAAAAAAAAAAAACAAAACAAAACCAAACAAAACAAAACAAAAAAACUCAACUAAUGCCUAAACAGAGAAAAACGACAUUGUUUUUGUUUGCUCUGUUCUAGCCCGAGAACGACAAUAUUAGUUGAAAACGACAGCAUAGUUGACCAUUGCCCAUUCGCAGCCAUUUGCUGCCGGAAGUAGGAAUCUCACACUCUCUCUCCCUCUCCGACUAGUGAGAAGUGCUCCCAAUUUCCAUCUGCUAAGCUUCUCCGCUGGGCCUUCCAUGGCUUCCAAAUCACUGUUCUCUGCACAAAUCCUUGUCCAUACAUCACUACUCUUCCUGGCAUUAGGACAUGAAAUUGUGAAUUCAGAGGUGUACCCUAUGGUGGUGAGCACAUGGCCGUUCGUGGAGGCUGUUAGAACUGCUUGGAGGGCUGUUGAUAGUGGGUUUUCAGCUGUGGAUGCUGUCGUUGAAGGUUGUUCCGCUUGUGAGGAACUCAGGUGCGAUGGUACUGUUGGGCCUGGUGGGAGUCCAGAUGAGAAUGGAGAAACUACAAUUGAUGCUUUGGUCAUGGAUGGAGUGACAAUGGAGGUUGGAGCUGUUGCAGCUAUGAGAUAUGUGAAGGAUGGAAUAAAAGCUGCUAGGUUAGUUAUGCAACAUACUGGACACACUUUGCUUGUUGGAGAGAAAGCAUCCGCCUUUGCAAUUUCAAUGGGACUUCCAGGACCAACAAACCUUAGCUCAACAGAAUCUACUGAGAAGUGGAUCAAAUGGAAGCAAAAUCAUUGCCAACCUAAUUUUUGGAAAAAUGUUCAACCUGUAAACAGUUGUGGCCCUUAUCAUGGUAAGAAGGACUAUAGUCACAGGACAUGUUUUGAAGCCUCUCUUCUGCCGGAAAAAUUCAAGUCAAGUUUGCCUCGAGUUGGUGUAAACAAUCAUGAUACCAUAUCGAUGGCAGUUAUUGAUAAAUUGGGGCAUAUUGCUGUUGGUACAUCAACUAAUGGCGCUACAUUUAAAAUUCCGGGGAGGGUGGGUGAUGGACCGAUUCCAGGAUCUUCAUCCUAUGCUGAUGAUGAAGUUGGCGCCUGCGGAGCAACAGGGGAUGGGGAUAUUAUGAUGCGCUUUCUUCCAUGCUAUCAAGUAGUGGAGAGUAUGAGAUUAGGGAUGGAGCCUAAGCUUGCAGCUAAAGAUGCAAUACGUCGAAUUGCGAGAAAGUUUCCAGAUUUCGUUGGAGCUGUUUUUGCCAUGAACAAGAAUGGUGUACAUGCAGCAGCUUGCUCUGGAUGGACAUUCCAAUACUCAGUAAGGAGCCCAGAGAUGGAUGAUGUGAAGGUUUUCACCGUGUAUCCGGACUCCACCAUUAAUAGUAAAUAAUUUUCUUAAACUCAAUUAGUGUUCAUUAGUUCCUUUUAAUGUAUGGAGGCUUGUUAAUAGUGGUGGAACUAUAAACGUUGUAUAUUAAGGAGGGACACUUUCAAGAACUUGAGAGCUUUUAUACCCAUGCCAUUCAUUGUCUUGAUCUUGAAUUUCAUCGAUUUUCCUAUUCCAAAAAAUAAGAAAAAUCCAAUGAGGCUGCACAUGUGGACUUUUUAGAUGGUAUGAAACAAUCACAAGAAACUGUAUUAUCAAAUUGAGAAAUGUAAUCAGGAGUUAAUGAAAUGGAAUGGAAUGAAACUGAAUUAAUUUUUAUUUUAUUUA